AUGACGGAGUUCGAGGACCGCAUGAACAGAGCAGUUGAGCAGGGUGUCAUCCCCGGCGCUGUCCUCUUGGCGGCCGACAUGUCGGGUCGAUUAAAGUACGCGAAACAGGUUGGCUACACCACCGUAGACUCCAAGGAGCCGCUAGAAUUCGACGACAUCUUCACGUUGGCUUCAUGUACGAAGCUGUUGACAACAAUCGCCGCCCUUCAACUCAUUGAGGGAGGACUCAUUGGACUGGACGAUGACGUUUCUCAGUUGAUCCCGGGUUUGGCUAACCAGCAAGUCCUUAUCGACAUCCCCAAGAACGGAUCACCCAUCUUCCAGCAACGAAAGAACCCCAUCACAUUGCGUCUCCUUCUCACGCACAGCUCCGGCGCAGGCUAUGACUUCGCCGAUCGAAUGCUCACGCAGUAUUUGCAUUCCUAUACGCCGAGAGACGUUUUAAAAGAUGCCACUGUUGAUGCCCGCUUCAAUUCACCGCUGCUCUACCAACCCGGCGAAGGUUGGGCUUACGGCAGUAGCAUAGCCUAUGCUGGACAAGUGACCGAGGCCAUCAGCGGCAUGACGCUCGAGGGCUAUAUGCAGAAGAACAUCUUCGAGCCUCUGGGCAUUGCCGAUAUCACCUUCUUUCCUGCCAGACACCUGCAUAUGGCUGGACGAUUGCUACGCAAAGGUAUCCGCGAUGUCACGGGGAAAGUGGUGGAUGGACCUCCCGGCUUAGCACCACUCCUAGGAGAACUGGAGGAUUGCUUUGGCGGUGAGGGUGCAUAUGGAAGCCUUCCAGACUACUUGAAGAUCCUGCAAUCACUCUUGUUGGACGACGAGAGACUGCUCAAAAAGGAAACAACAGCGUUAAUGUUCCAGCCCCAGCUCAGUCCUGCAAGCAAGCAGGCUUUGACAUCCUUCAUGGUCGAUCCUUCCCCAGUGGUUGGCGACUUUACAGGACCCAACGAAUACGACUGGGGGCUAGGUGGCAUUUUGAUCGAUGGCGAUUCUCAUCCUUACCGCCGGCGGAAUUGUCUCAUCUGGAGCGGGGCACUCAAUCUGUUCUGGUUUAUCGAUCGCACAGCAGGUGUAUGUGGCAUCUUUGGAACUCAGGUCUGGCCUCCGGCAGACCCUCUCGUUGAGCCUCUGUUAGCUGCUUUCGAGAAAGAUGUUCGUACGACGGCGAGCACCAUAACAAAUUCAUGA